AUAAAAGAAGAAGCAUAACCUACAAUUACUACGAGUCAUUUGUCUUUAGUGUUUAUAUCUUUUAAUUAAUUGUGUGUUGAAAUGGGUUCUCACAAGAAAAAGAAAUACGAAUCGAAUUCAUCUAGCGAAUCCGAUUCGAGCGAAAAUUCUUCUUCAUCCGAAGAAAAAUCUAACAAAAAGAGGAGCCAUAAAAAACAGAAACAUCAUUCAGAUGAUAGCGAUGGCGAACCAAAUACAAAAAAGAAAUAUGUUGAACAUUCCGAUGAUUCCGACUCUAAUAAACAGCGUCACAGAACGUCGAAAAGAAGCGAUGAUAAUAGAUUAAAAAGAAGUGAAUACGACGACAAACAUAGGAGUAAUGAUAAUCAUAGACACAAAAGUGCUAAAAAAAUACGAGAAAACGAUGUAGGAAAAUAUAAAAAAGAGACUCAUUAUAGAGAUAAAGAAUACGAAGAUAGAGAAAAGUUUAGAGGAGAUCGAAAAGACGACAGGGAAUAUAAUAGGAGCAGACAUAAUCAUAGAAACAGAAACCGAGAAUAUAACAGCAAUAAAAGAGAAACUUAUGAAGAUAAAUAUAAAAAAAAUGGAAAUAGUAGGGGGAAAAAGAGUGGUUCUUUUGAUCAUACUAAUGCCAAAUGGGGUAAGCCAGAAAAUGAGACUAAACCUGAGAAAAAGGAUCCAACCCAAAAGGAUAAACCUAAUUUCGGAUUAUCAGGCAAAUUAACAGAAGAAACUAAUACAUUUAGAGGGGUAGUUAUCAAGUACAGCGAACCUCCGGAAGCGAGAAAACCACGAAGGAGAUGGAGGUUGUAUCCUUUUAAAGGAGAAAAAGCCUUACAAACUUUAUACAUACAUAGAGAGAGUGGGUAUCUUAUUGGUAGGGAAAGAAAAGUUGUUGAUUUACCUGUAGAUCAUCCGUCUUGUUCUAAACAACAUGCAGCUCUUCAGUAUAGAUUGGUACCAUUUACUAGAGAAAAUGGAAGUACAGGUAAAAGAGUGAGACCGUACUUGAUAGAUUUGGAUUCGGCUAACGGGACUUACAUUAACAAUAAAAAAAUCGAGCCUAGAAAAUAUUACGAAUUAUUCGAAAGAGAUGUCAUAAAAUUCGGUUACAGUUCGAGGGAAUACGUUUUAUUACACGAAAACAGUAAAGAUGAAGCUCUCGAUGAUGAUGUAAAAGUGGAAGAGGAUGAUGAAUGCGAGGUGAAAGUAAAGAAAGAGAAUUGAUUUAUUUUUUUGUAAAUAAUUAUCUCUUUUUGUCUAAAUAAUAAGUAAACAUAAAGAUUUUAAA